AUGUCGUCUUCACAUGGAGAAAAGAGGCCAAAGGGUGGAGGAAAGUUUACCCUUUGUUCCUCAGUCGUGGCCAAGUGUGGCACUGAGAGUAAAAACUUAUGCAGAAACAGGUUAUAUGAAUACGAUGAUGAUGAAACGUGGAAUGAUGUACUGCAUGACGUAUUGGAAGGAGAAGACUUCACUCUCCACAAAACGGAUACCGUAAAUGCAGUUGUGGCUGACAAAUUAAUGGGAACUAUAACAUUUACACCCGAUAUGGAGGAACCCAUAAGGAUCGUCAAAGAAUUUGACCAAACAUUGAAAUCUGUAAAUAGAGACAAGGAUGUCCAUUGUGACGUCACAUUUAGAGUUGGAAAAGAGGGCAAACUUGUACACGUCCAUAAGUAUGUUCUAGCCAGCAGAAGCCCAGUCUUUGACGCCAUGCUGUAUGGCGACCUGGCGGAAUCAGACGACAUCAUAGUUCCAGACAUCGAACCAUCUUCAUUUGAUGCGCUGUUACGAUAUCUGUACUGUGAUGACAUCAGCUUUACUCCGGAUACAGUAACCUCUGUCUUGUAUGCCGCAGACAAAUACGGGGUUGAUGAUUUGGUGACAAAAAUAAAAUCAUACCUGGAUCAAAAUAUUACGAACGAAACUGUUCUAACAGUUUUAGAAAGUGCAAAAUUAUUUAACCUUGAAGAUCUUCUACAGAAGUGUGAGGAUUUCAUUGCAUCGGAUCCUUUUCCUGUUUUGCAAUCCUCCUCUGCUUUAGAGAUAACGAAAGAAACUCUUACAUACAUUAUCUCUCUCGAUUCUCUGGUAAUGGAUGAGCUGGACAUUUAUCACUUUCUCAUAAAAUGGACGGAAAAUCAGUGUGAUAAAGUGGGAAUAGAAAAAACUGAUCCGAAUAUCCGAGCUAUGAUGGGGGACCUGAUUUAUUUAAUUCGUUUUCCUUUCAUGAAUCUAGAGUCGUUUGCUAAAGAUGUCUGCAACCGGGACAUACUUAAUGCCCAAGAGAAAUUGAACUUGCAGCAAGUGAUUGUUGGUAAUCUGGAUAAAACGAGUACAAAAUUCAAAUUUGAAAAGCGAAUAUGUAAAACGUUUUGUGUUUUACCUGGAGAGAGUCCACGUUAUAUGGGAGUUUGGUCCUAUCGUCGCAACCUAGAAGAUUGUAUAGAAUUCACGUGA